AUGCAUUAUCCGUCUGCCCUCCACGCCACCUCGAAGGUUAGUUGUCGCUCACUAUUUCCCAGCGCCAAAUCAUGUCGCCCUCUUCUGGGAGCGCGGUUCCAAUCACGUCGCGGUCCAGCUCCCGGAGGCUUCCAUUAUCCGUCUGCCCUCCACGCCGCCUCGAAGGAGGUCUUCAUCAUUUGUCUGUCGUUCUGGCCGCCUCCAAACUUAAUUGCUACUUACUGGUUUGCGACGCCAAAUCAGGUUGACUCCACUGAGACCGCCAUUUCAUUCCCGUCCCGAACCAAUUCCCAGAGGCAUCCAUCAUCCAUCCGCUCUCCACGCCGCCUUGGAGGUCAGGUGUUUGUUGGGAGAUUGUGGUAUCCGAUCGCGUUGCCCUCCACCGUGACCGCAUUUUUAUUGAGUCCUGAUCUAGAUCUUAGCGAUUCUUAUUAUCUGUCGGCUCUCAUGGCUACGUCGGAGGUAUGGAGCCGCUCAUGGUGUCGCAGCGCUAAAUUACGGCGCAUUGCACUGCGAUCAUGA